AUGAAACUUUCAGCUGACCUAGAAGGUGCAGAGGAAAAGGAGAAGCUGCUUCUCAGGAACCUGACACAAAAAUCAUGGCGGAGGGUGGGGCGGGGAAGCCAAGAAUGCAGCAAGCCCUUCCUGCAAAAACCGAUGGAUGAAAUGAUCUACAGUGCAUGGUGGCUGGAUCCCCGUGCCUACAACAGCCGCAUCUGGCGAGCCUCACGCACAGGGCCCGGGCAUCCCCGGGGCGGCUGUGUGCCAGGGGCCACGCCGCGGCACGGGGCACCCGCAGUGCUGCCCGCCAGCCUGCCCAGCGCCAGGCUUGCAGGAGCCCGGCUUUCACUUCCUCUCGCCUCCACCCGCCUCCUUGGCUCGCCGGCUGGCGUCGCCACUGCCUCCUCGUCCCCUUGGCCACCACUGUCGCCGCUGCUGCAAUCCAGGGCUCACACUCUCCCACUUUCACGCUGGAGGCGCAGAGGAUGCCCCUGGCACCAGACCCGGAGAAAUAAGCCCCUGGCCAGGCUGGAGGAGCCUCAGUGGGUGAGAACGGAAAACCCAGCUCCGCUUUUCUGGGUAGCGCUGCAGCAGCUGGUCGCGAGGAAGGCGCCCACUGAGCGGGCGCGCACUGGGGGACGCUGGAGUCAGGCUGAGACCCCAGGCGCUGGGCUGAGGUCCACCGGUGGAGUUUGCAAGUGGCUGAGACUCCUCAGGUGGCAGCCCUAUACCUUGACACUUGACCGGAUGGAGGCCUGCCAACGUGUGCUCCCAACAGAUGGACACCCGAACAUGGUCCCCAGCCAGGAAAGAGGCCACGAUCAAGGGCCUCAAUGAAGUAAUCCAGGUCCAACAGCCCCAAGGAGCUGAAGAAGGGUGAGACACAAGCUGCAGUUGCUUUGGACCCUCUGAGUCCUCCUCUAGUCCCUAAUUGUUG